AUGGCUCACAGAAUAAGAGAAGUUUUGAUAGGAGGAUAUGGAUAUGCAGGGGCAAAGUUCCUACAUGAUGGAGAUCAGUUGGCUGCUAUGUUUUGGUCAGAUAAAAGAGAAAAUGCUUUUUAUGUAGAGUUUGGAGAAGUUAUAUCUUUUGAUGCAACUUUUAGAACAAACAAGUAUAAAAUGGUAUUUGUUCCAUUCACAGCAAUUGACCACCACAAGAAAUCAGUUAUUGUUGGCACUGGGUUGCUGAGUAGAGAGAGAAAUGAUUCCUAUGAAUGGCUACUUAAAUCUUUUCUUAUAGCUCAUGAAGGUAAAGCACCAAAAAUUGUCCUAACUGAUCAAGAUCCAACAAUAAAACAAGCUAUGGAAUCUGGUUACCAAAUUCAAGACACAAAUUAUGUAGAAAUAAAACUUCCAGAAAGUGAUGUAAAAUGUACUUGUGAACACUUCAACUGCUUUGGAACUUUGUGCAGACACACAUUCAACAUACUCAUGAAACAUGGAAUUAAGGAGAUUCAAGAACUGUACAUUAAGAGUCGUUGGGGAAAGGAUGUGAUAUCAAGGUAUUAUCACUUUGGUAGGCAUGUAUAUAAUACAGGAGACAAUGAAAUUAACAGAUCUGUCAAUCAAGCAUACUACAACUUUGAAGCAUGUUGGGAAUAUGUAAGAAAAAAUAAAGAGAAAAUGGAUUUUUUUUUUGUUAAGAAAACAGAAAGCAUUCUGAAGGAAUACGAGAACGAUCCUGCCAAUGAAUUGCAGAAAAAUAGGACAAAUGUUGAAGAGGUAGGAAAGCAUAUGGACGUUUCUAUUCCAAAAAACAUUGACAUCAAUGUUUCAAAUGUUCAAAGGAAUAAAGGAAGUGGACAGAAUAAUAAAAUCAAAGUGCAACAGAAAUAG